GCAUGUACUGUUUUCUUGUAAAAUGUAAACGCAAGUACUUUAUCAUUUUUGUUUUACUAACUGUCAAAUUCAAAAAAUUGCGUAGUUUCUUUCCUUGAGCAUUGAACCGCCGUACACGCAUACUUACAUCAAGGUCUUGAAAGUUGUGUAUUAGUACGGAAAUUUGGUUUGUCUACUCAAUAAAAUUGUGUAACGAAUCUGAUAUAUCAUAAUUGAUGUAUUGAAAUUAUUUUGAAGUAGUUUAGCUAUUGAAUGUGGGGGAUUGGUGAUGGUCUUCUCAAAGCUAAGCAGUUGAAUAUUCAAAAUCUUAUCGUGGAAAUGGAUACCUUGGUUGCCUUUUCAUCUUCUUUCAAAGGAACUGAAUCCCAAUCAUCCUCUGCUUACCUUGAUCUUGGACUACACGGAAAUAUUGGCGAAGAUUCCUCAAGUUCAGCUGCGCCACUUGCUUAGAGGAGCCAACUCCUGCGCUGACCGACUUGCUGUUAUGAGUCAUGAGCUAUCUGUUGAUCUGGUUUAUUUUGAAGCUCGCUCAGCUGGGCUUUUGUUAUGAUUAUUAUUAUUAUUAUUAUUAUUUUUUGAGUAAGGAGAAUUUUGAAAAAAAAAGGGAAAAAUAUUAUAAAUUGUUUUUAUAAAAACUUAAAUUUUAA